GGAGACCGCCCUCCGGGGCAGCCACGGCCCGUGGGACACAACCUCCUCAGGGGCGGCCGCCGGCACCGCAGCCCUGACCCCCCCCAAACACCGACCGCAGCCCCCCCAAAUACUGACCGCGGGCCCCGACCCCCCCUAAAAACACAGACCGCGGGCCCCGACCCCCCCCCCAAAAACACCGACCGCGGGCCUCGACCCUUCCCAAUACCGACCGCAGCCCUGACCCUCCGCCAAAUACAGCCUCCAUCCCUUACUCCCCUGGUCCUCCCCCGUUACACCCCCGGUACUGGCCAUGGCCCCUCCCUCCCCCGCCGUUGCUCAGGCCCCAGUGCCCCCUCAGUGGCCCCCGUUACUCCACAACCCCCAUUCCCGCGGUGCUGUUCCCUGCCCUGGUGCCACCUGGUUUCCCCCUCCCCGAGGCCCCCGGGCCCUGGUUGAUUCCCAGGCCCCACUCCCCCCCCAGCCCUGGCCCGGGGGGGUCUCAGGUCUUCCUCACCUCUCUGGGGGCAUCCUGAGCCCAAAGCUGACCCGGGGGUGGUGGUGCAGGUGCCAGGUGUUCAGGUCCCAGGAGCGUCCCCUCUCCUCCCGGGCCACCUCCCGGGCCCUCGUGGCUGCUGUGGCCACCGUGGCCCGGAGGGUCAACGCCAGGUACGAGCGUUACCUGGAGAGGAGCUUCCCCAGGUUCUACGUCCUGUACAGCACCUUCACCUCAGUGCUCUGUCCAACAGGAAUCCAGGCGCUGUUCCUGGAGGUGAAGGAGAUCGGCAGGAUCAGAUUCAGGAUGUCCCGGCAGCGGCUGAAGGUGCAGCAGCUCCCGUACCGGGACAUGGAGCGGCUGCGCCAGUUCCGCAGGGACGCGCUCAAGGCCAUUCCCAUUGGGAUCAUCGCCAUCCCACCCUUCGCCAACUUCCUGGUCAUCGUCCUGAUGUAUUUCUUCCCACGGCAGCUCCUGAUCCGCUACUUCUGGACGCCGCAGCAGCAGCUGGAAUUCCUGGAUGUCUAUGAUUCCAUCCGGAGGGACUCAUACCCGGAUGUGGUGCAGAGCCUGGCGCUGGCAGCGCAGUCCCUGCCCGAGCCCCGGCCCCGGGAGCUCCUGCAGCAGCUCUGCUCCCAGGUGCAGGGAGGUGCCCGGCCCCGCCUGGCCCAGCUCUUGGCUGUGAGGAGUUUGUUCUCGGGGUCUCCACUGGUGCUGAACAGGCUCCAGGUGGAUCAUGUGAGGGCCCUGAGCCAGGUGCUGUUCCUGACCCCCCACUUACCGGCCGUUCUCCUGCGGCAUCGCCUGCUGAGCCACAUCCUGGAGAUCCGGCACCUGGACCGGGCCCUGCUGCGCCUGGGGCUGGGGCAGCUCUCUGAGGAGGAGCUGCGAGCGGCCUGUUACCUGCGUGGGCUCAACGCCACUCACCUGGGCCGGGCCGAGUGCUGGGCAUGGCUGGAGCAGUGGCUCCAGCUCUCCUGUGAGCUCCAAGCUUCCGAAGCUUCUCUCCUGGCCCACAGCAUGGUCCUGCUGUCCCUCAACUACAGCCGGCCCUCAGAGUGAUGGCCCUGUGCCCCUCACCCGGCCUGGUGCCCCUCACCUUGGCCCUGUGCCCCGACCUGGUGAUCCCCAGGCUGGUGCUGCCGAGAUCCGGGCGCUUUGCUGAGCCAGCGUCGGGUCCUCACUCCCCUCGGCGCCGUCGGGAGCGGCCGCUGCUGCUCCAGGGCCGAGCACAACCAGGAGACGUGGCUUCGUUAUCCCAGUAAUUAACUGCAUCCCGCUAAUUAUGGGAGACAGAGGGUGGCUCCCUGGCCCGGGGACGGUUCCGUUGGAUCCAGGGACUUUGUGCCGGAGGCUUUUCCCUUGUUUCUUUUCUCCACUGGACAGUCUUAAAUGUAACCCCCCACCCCGAAGGGUUCAGAAACGGCCCCAAAUCCCCCCUCGGAACCCCCUAAAUCCCUGUAAGACCUUCCCAGGAGGAUUCUGGGGGUUUGUCUGUCCGGAGCAGGCAGAGGGAGGGAGGGGGGGGGUCCCUGGGCUGCCUCCUCCAAAUUCAGCCUCGUUGGAGCUAAUUAGACCUUUCCACCUCUGUGUUUCCCACUGGGCAGUGGCGGCUCCGGGGGCUUCAGGGGGUUAAACCUCCCCCUCCACCCCGCCCUGCAUGAGGAAUUCCCGAACUUCCGAGGUUUAUUAAAGCCCAAAGGAA